GGUAUUAAUAAUGAAGAUCGUAUUAAUAAUAACUACAGAGUAUAAUACUAUGUAUUCAUUAUAAUGGGAGUAAUUUUUUAUUGGUAACUUAUUAUUAUGAAAGCAAAGUCGAUUAGAUUUUAUAAUUGAGAAGACUUCUUGUUUUUUUUUUUUUUUUUUCUUUCCCCUAAGCGCAUCAUAAGACAUUUUAUAUUAAUGUUAUUAAGGAUACACACCAUCCUACAUCAUGUGCCGCCCCGUCACCAGCUAACUGGUGUAUUUGAUAUUACUGAGGUUGUUUUCAGCCAGAUAUAAUAUAUGAAAGCAUAGCAUAUACCAGUUAAGAGCAUUAAUUGACAGGAAAAAAAAAAAAGUCUUCUGCAUUUAUGAAAACAUGUGGCAUAUCAUAUAACAGUUGAAUGAACAAAGGUGUGUUUAUCAGAAGAUGGCAGAGGCUGUCUUGGGCCUUGUCAUUGACAACGUAGUCCCCUGGAUUGCUAGUGAAGCAAAGCUAUUGAGAGGAGUCGGCGGAGAAGUUGAGCAGAUCAUUGAAGAGCUGAAAAGCAUUCAAUCCUUCAUCAAAGAUGCAGACGAGAAGGCAGAACAAGAAGAGGCUAACGGUGCAAGUUCGUGGGUGAAAAGUCUCCGAGAGGCAGCUUAUCAAAUAGAGGAUGUCACAGACACUUAUGUGAUGCACAUGGCAGCUGAAGCACAGUCUCACCAUUGUCGUCCUAAGAUACUUGGCUCUCUUGAAAGGGCCAUGUGCUGGAUUCUCAAACUAAAAUCUCGACAUCAAAUUGCACAAGAGAUUAUUCAGGUUAAAGAGAGUAUCCGAGUUAUCAAAGAAAGGGGUCAGAGUUACGGCUUCAGCUCCUCCUCGUCGGUAGUAGGAGGAAGCAGCAGACGCGAUGGAUCAUGGCAUGACCCUCGUAUCACUUCAUUAUUCAUCGAGGAGGCUGAGGUCGUGGGAAUCGAGCCCCACAGAGAUAGAUUGAUUGACUGGUUAGUCAAUGGAGGAUCUAAACGCACGGUUAUAUCUGUUGUGGGCAUGGGUGGGCUAGGCAAGACAACUCUUGCCAGGAAAGUUUAUGACUCACAGACUGUGACAAACCACUUCAGCAAUCACGCUUGGAUUACAGUUUCACAGUCAUUCAAGGUUGAGGAACUUCUAAGGAAAACUCUCAAGCAUUUCUACAAGUCAAGGAAAGAGUCUGCUCCUCCAGAACUUGAUGGAAUGGAUGAGACUCUACUCAUCUUUGAGCUUCGGGAAUAUUUGAAACAAAAGAGGUACAUGGUUGUUUUUGAUGACGUCUGGGCAGUAGAAUUUUGGACAAUCAUACGCCAUGCUUUGCCUGAUAACAGCCAAGGCAGCAGGGUGUUGAUCACAACACGUUCUGAUGGUGUUGCUUCUACCUGCAAAGAAUCAUUGCUUGACCAAAUAUACAAGCUACAAUCGUUACCUGAGGAGAAAGGCUUAGAGCUGUUUUGCAAGAAGGUAUUUUAUUCUGAUAUAGAGGAGGGUGGCAGUUUGCCAUCAGAACUGGUGGAGUUGUCGCGCAGCAUAGUCAAAAGAUGUGAAGGCUUACCACUGGCAAUAGUUGCAGCUGCAGGAAUGAUGUCGACUAAGAGAAAAGUUGUAACUGAGUUGAAGGAGCUUGAAAAAAAUCUUGGCUCUGAAGUUCGGUCAAAUCCUCACUUCUCAAAUAUGAAACGAAUUUUGUCUCUCAGCUACUAUGACCUUCCAUACUAUCUUAAGCUGUGUCUGAUGUACUUUGGUUUGCUGCCUGAGGAUUACUCCAUCAGACACGCACGACUCAUUCGCCUAUGGGUUGCAGAGGGUUUUGUGAAAGAAAAAAAAGGAAAAGGAAAAUCAGCAGAACAGGUUGCAACAGAAUACCUGACAGAGCUUAUAAACAGAAGCUUGGUUCAAGUCUCAGAAAUAGAUAUUGAUGGGAAAGUCAGAAAAGUCAGAGUCCAUGAUUUGAUGCGUGAAAUCAUCCUCUCAAAGUCCGAGGAUUUGAGUUAUGGUCAUGUAUGGACAGAAAAUAGCUCAAGCUGUUAUGAGUUUACACGGAGAGUAUCAAUCCACAGAUGCACUAAAGAUUGUAAUUUGAAGAGCAGUGGUAAAUUUGAGACACGUUCGCUCUCAUUUUAUGAUGCGGACAGCCUGUCACAUUCCACACUGUGUGCAAUAAUGGAAGCUUUCAGGCUUUUGAAAGUUCUAGAUCUGCAAGAAGCCCCCAUAAAUUUUCUUCCUGAAAAUAUUGGAGAUCUGUUUCAUUUGAGAUAUCUAAGUGUAAGGCACACGAAGACAAAAGAGCUUCCAAAGUCUAUAGGUAAGCUACAUAACCUACAGACUUUGGAUGUCAAAUGCUCCCUUGUGCAUGAGCUACCAGAAGAAGUGAAGUACUUGAUAAAUCUGUUGUAUCUCAUCGGAUACAACUAUGAUUAUGAAACUGAUUUUAGUGUAAGUGCUCAGAAAGGAUUAAAGCUGAAGCACGGGUUAGGUCGUCUACAAAAUCUGCAGAAGCUAUACCUUGUAGAGGCAAGUGAUGGGAUGACCCUAUUCAGGGAGUUGAGAAAAUUGAAGCAAUUGAGGAAGUUGGGGAUCACCAAACUGGCCACUCAUAAUGGAAAAAUCCUUUGUGAGUCCAUAGCUUUGAUGACCCACCUCGAGUCCUUAGAAGUUUGUUCAGAAGAAGAUGGAAUGCUUGAUCUACAGUUUAUUUCAUCCCCUCCCCAAUACCUUCAACGCCUAUACUUAAAAGGUCGGCUAGCAAAGGUCCCUGACUGGAUUCCCAAGCUCAAGUAUCUCGCUACAGUAAGUUUAAUGUGGUCAGGGCUAAUGACUGACCCAGUGAACAUCCUUCAGGACCUGCCUCACUUAUCAGAGCUUGUACUCCAGGAUUCAUUUCUUGGUGAAGAGCUGGUUUUUCAGGCCACAGGCUUUCAAAAACUUAAGAUUUUAAAGCUCUACGACAUGAAUACUUUGACAAAGCUGACGAUAGAGAAGGGAGCACUUCCUCUUUUAGAGCUGUUUAAAAUUGGUCCAAUCCCAAGGUUAAACACUGUCCCUGAAGGCAUCUAUCACCUAAGAAGCCUUUCAGCUCUUCGUUUCUACGACGUGUCCAAGUUAUUUGUCCAUAAAUUACUUCCAGAUGAAGGACAAGACUUUUGGAUCAUUGAACAUGUCAAAACAGUGCUAUUCCAUUACCAGAUACAAGGGGAACGCUACAAGACCUGCACUCUCAAUGAUUUGAUUUUCCUCAACCAUUGAAAAAGGUUUUUCUUCAAUGAACCGAUGCUAGACGCAUUAGGGGUCGAUUCAGCACAAGCUUUGUGGGUGAAAACUCUAUCGAAUUAGGAGAGAAGCUAAAUGAAAUCCUCUUUCCAAACAGUCCUAGUAGGGAUUUGGAGUACAACUCCAACCAACAUUGGUCUUCUGUUUUGUUUUCUCAAUUUUGCAUUUUAUUCAUGUAUUUUUUGCAUUUUAUUCAGGUAUUGAUGUAUUUGGUUUUGUAUCUUUUGCUUACAAUGAGUAGUGUUUUCUCUUCC